AUGGCCACAGUUGUAACAGCAAAUGAAUCCCCAGGUGACUUAGAAGGGGGUCAGGCCAGGCUUAAAAGCACUCGCAGAGUCAGCUGUGUGCGAGAUAUCACUUACAAAGUUAUACCAUGCUGCAUUGUGAGCCUUAUCUUGGUCUCUGCCGGUGGCGUCCUCAUCGCAACUCUUGCCUAUAACAAGCCCGUACCUCAGAAGCCAGUAAUUGUGAUAUCUAUCAUGCUUGCAAUAUUCUUCUUCAUCUUCGGUAUAGGGGGAUGUUAUCUCUAUCGCAUGAAGCACUACCCUCCUCUGACAGAAGGUCCUGAUGCUCCAGACCGCCCACCGGUAAAAACUUGGAAAGAUAAAAUUAAAAGGUGCUGUGAAUUAAUAAUAGAAAAACUCAGUGACGACAAAGCCGCCAAUGAUCCACCGGCAAACGCUCUUCCUCCUCCUCCUCCUCCUCCUCCUCCUCCUCCUCCUUGCCCUCCCCCACCAGAGACGUUGAACGACCCGGCUGAACUGUCCGGGUUUAAUGAUCAAGAAUCACCGCGGCAGGAGGGCAUAGAGCAACCAUGUAACGCACAGCCAUCCAAUGCAGCUGAAAGCCAGAAUCCUGUUAAUCGCCGCCAGAGAAACUACGACGGAUCAACGCAACCAACCAAUCGGAUAUCUCGCCGUCCAGUGCCUAAUUCUCAUUACAAUUCAAUGCAAGCAAGUCAUACAAUACCUAGGAGGCCGGGAAGCAACCCUACUUAUAGUCCUGAUUCCCAAGCAGAUGGCUUCCCUAUGGAUGGGCCAUCUUAUUGUCACGGCUAUCCUUAUACUCCGUCCCCGGGACGUCCGGGACCGAGACCGAAAGGGCCAAGGCCGAAACCACCACAGCCGGGUAUACCUAGAUUUCUAUGGCCAGGUCAGCAGGCCGCACCACAUGUAGGCCCUCAGAUAUAUUUCACAUAUAUCUCGGACAGCAUCAACAGACAAGCAUUUGCAGAGAUAUUUCCUAAACCUGUUCAAGGCAGACUUUACAUAUUUGAGGAUCUCCCGGUCUCGGCAGCUUAUGGUCCAGAAGCGGUUGAGCCCGAGCAACGAAGUCGGCAGCAUAGGAAGGAACCAAGUGAGCAACAAGGAAAUACCAGCAUACCAAUCAGCCCUGCUACCGAGUCCGAGGAUUCGGAAGACAUGGUCUCGCCAAUAAGCACACCAUCACCAUCGCCCAGGCAAAAAUCAAGUUUGCAGAGACCAGCAGAGCAAGACUCCGACGUAACUGUGAUCUCCCAUCAAGCCGAGGAGAGGACAGACAAAAAGGGCAAAAUGAAGGACACAGGCUCCAAAUCCUCGCCAAAAUCCCCGCAUCAUCGCACUAAAUCAGAGCAGCAGGAGGCGAUCAAAAAGGGGCUACACCCUCGUACGGCUAUAGACAGCAACGGAGAAGAGGAGCAGGAACACCAUGGCCCUAGAGCCCUAGCCGACAUAAAGAAAGACAUUGAAGAACUAAGCGAGAGGUGGCUGCGACUACUUCACGAAGCGCGCCUGUCAGGAGAGCUACUGAGGGGACAAACAUGGCUCAAUGGUACAUGGGCCGGGUAUUCCGAUUUUUCGGAUCAGAGGCACUCGAGAACAUCAACGGGGGGCCGUAGCUCAAGAUCCAGCAGCACCCCGCCCAUGGCGGUCUCUGAGUGUAGCACUACAAGGUCUUCUGACUAG